CGAAUCCGUCUCCGCCUCUCCCCUCGCUCGUUCUCCCCGUCUACGACCCGCCGCCGCCGCCGCUCGCCAUGGGCCUCCUCGACGCGCUCUACCGCGUGGUGAUGCGCCGCAACGCCGUCUACGUCACCUUCGUUGUCGCCGGCGCCUUCGCGGGCGAGCGGGCGGUGGACUACGGCGUUCACAAGAUCUGGGACAUGAACAACCUCGGGAAAAGGUACGAAGACAUACCAGUUUUGGGGCAGAGGCCAGCCGAAGAAUGAUAAAUUUUGGUCGCCAUUUAGCUCUGGUUUAACAGUUUCAUUUUGGCGCAAUAAUAAGCGAUGUAAACUUCUUACUCAGCUCCUGAGAGCUGCUUCUCAUUCAUUUACUCUGAAGAUGCUGUGUGUGGAUUUCGUGGUGCAUGGCAGAAACCUGUUAUAUAGAGCAUGCAAAUACCUCUGGAGGAUUCCUUUGUUAUGUUUUUUCCCAGUUCCGCAAAAAUGCGACAUUAUCCUUGUUUUAGUUUUAA